AUCGAAGUUCCCCGAGGAAGAUAGAGAGCGAGAGAGGGAGAGAGCUACAUUUGCGCGAGUCAACGGUGAUCAACGAGCCUCGACUACACACUGCAUAUUCAUGAGAGAGCGCGCGCGGCUUUUCCGCCGGCUGCCGCUCAUCACUAUUUAGUUCGAGACGAGGCUCGACAGGCCAUAAGCCGUUCGACGCUUGAGACUGGAGCUAUGGACGAUUGCGCGACUCUACGACCACAGCAAGCUUGCUGCAAUCGAGUUUUUUUCACGGCCGUGUUCGCAGCAUGCCUUAAUGGCAUAUCGGUAGGUUUUUUGGCCGGUUGGCCGCAGGCUGCCAUUCCUCAGCUUCUAUCAUCGAGUUACACGCUCACGGAGUCACAAGCAUCAUGGGUCUCGGGCAUCCUGUACCUGGGCAUGUUGGUCGGUGGUGUAACAUCGAUCGUCAUCGUCGGUCGCUUCGGCAAGAAGCGGCUCUUUCUUCUAGCAUCGGUGCCCUUGAUCCUUGGCUGGUCCAUCGUCGCCAUCGCCGCUUCCUUUUGGCAAUUCGUAUUCGGCCGCAUAAUUUUGGGAAUCGGCGGUGGAAUGAUUACCCACCAAACGGAGAUGUACCUAUCGGAGAUAUCGCCUCGUCGGCUACGCAGCAACAUGUCGGUCAUGUUCUGCGCGAAUGUACACGUGGGCAUUCUGCUGAGCUUCACUAUCGGACCCACUCUGACGAUAAGUUCGGCAACCGGUAUCUACAUAACGCUGGUGCUAAUGUACGCCACCCUCUUUUUGACCAUCGCGCCGGAAACGCCGUUUUGGCUGAUCCGACAGGGCCGCACCGAUGAGGGACUGACCAAUCUGCGCAAACUCAGGAAUAGGCCCGAUGUGCACGACGAGUUCGACAGUAUCGUCGAAUUUACGAAAAUGAGUCUCGUCGCGAAGAAAACGGACGGAGCCUGGCAGAAUUUUACGAGGGUGUUCGCUGACAGGGCCAGUAGGAGGGCGAUUCUACUGGUUGUUCUGCUUACGACAGGCCAGCAAUUCUCCGGCAUGGGAGCGAUGAGCUCGUACGCUCAACUGAUCUUCGAGCGUUCGGUUUCGGUGAUACCCGGUCGCUACGUCUCACUGCUGAUCGGUCUAAUCGAGCUCACCUGCACCCUGAUCAGCGGCUUCUUGAUAGAGCGGCUGGGCCGUAGGCCCCUCAUCACCGGUAGUUCGACCGUCUGCGCCGGUUGCAUGGGGCUCAUGGGCCUCUACUACCACGGGCUCGUCGGAGGGGGGCCGAACGCUGGCGGAGUUCUCCCGCUCGUCUGCAUCAUAGUGUUCGCCCUGGCCUACGGACUAGGUCUGGCCAGCAUAGCCACCGUCGUCGCGGCGGAAUGUCUGUCCAUGGACGCGAGGAACAUCGGAGCCGCCGCGCAAAAUACCACCCUCUGCUUCUCCGUAUUACUCAUCACCAAACUCUGGCAGGUGAUCACCAGCUCGUACGGCCAGGAGUACGCGUUCUGGCUUGUGUCGGUCAUCACAGCGGGACACACGAUCGUUCUGCUGAUAAUGCUGCCGGAGACCCGGGGCCGGUCGCUCACCGAGAUACAGCGGCUGUUGGCCUCCUCGUCCUCUCCCUCGGCUCCGUCGCCUCACAAGUCGAAGCUGUUGGUGCCGCACCUGGGGCUGCAGAACAUCAAAAUCGUGCCCGCCGACGGGUCCACCUCGCAAAGCUGAUAAGAGAUCGAGCUUCUCAAAUGAUUCAGUAAUGCGCAAUUUAAUUGUUGAUGCUGGACGCUUCAUGCAUGAUGCAUGAGGCAGACAGUAAGUCAAUAGGAUUUCGAGGGAGCCACGUGCGGUGGCUCGGUAGCGCAUUUAUCCUCGUCGAGGCAAUGCUGUAAUCUCGCGUUUAAUUGACGCAUAAUAAUGGAUUAUAUUAAUUCUUUAGAGGCUGUGCCAGUAUUUGUAACUCGGCGGAAACGUCUGCCUUGAAAGCAUAGUUUUUAGUGCUACUAAUUGUUGAUACAAGUAUGAAUAUUUUUAUUUUGUUAUACAGUGUGACAAUAAACAAGAAAAGCAUAAUAAACAACUUGUGCAGGU